CUCGCGAUGCCCCUCGACGAGGAGCAGAGCAGCGACUCGGACUCCCUGCGCCUCUCCGAGAGCACCGCGUCCUGCAGCGACUCGGAGUGCUCCCGGCAGAGCUUUAACAGCGACGCCUCCAGCAAGCCCGGCUCCCCAGUCUCAGCAAGUCCUCCCAAGAUAAUGACGUUUGACGAAAUGAUGGCAGCUACAAGAAAUCUGACCAAUCUGACUCUAGCUCAUGAAAUUGCUGUAAAUGCAGACUUCUGCAUGAAACACGUGGACUUCCCGCAGAAUAGCUUGGUGGGCACGGUGAAAACUAUUGUACACAAAGCAUUUUGGGAUUGUUUGGAGUCGCAGCUGAAUAAAGACCCCCCAGAAUAUGAACACGCUAUCAAGCUCUUUGAAGAAAUUAAGGAGAGUCUUCUUUCCUUCCUGGCUCCUGGAGCAAACAGGAUUCAAACUCAGAUCUGUGAAGUUCUAGAUACAGAUCUUAUAAGACAGCAAGCAGAGCACAAUGCUGUUGAUAUCCAUGGACUAGCAAACUAUAUCAUCAACACUAUGGGAAAGUUGUGUGCUCCAAUAAGAGAUAAUGACAUAAAACAGUUAAAAGCAACUGACAAUAUCAUAGAGUUAUUGAGACAAAUAUUCCAUGUUCUGGACCUCAUGAAAAUGGAUAUGGUUAACUAUUUAUUUGAAAACAUUAGGCCGUAUCUUCAGCGCAAUUUGGUGGAUUAUGAAAGAGUAAAAUUCCAGGAAAUACUUGAAGAAACACCAAGUGCUCUGGAUCGCACAACAGAAUGGAUAAAGGAAUCAAUAGAAGAUGAAUUGUCCUCUCUUUCGGAUGAAUGYUCAUCAUCCACUGGUGCUGAUAGUGGUUCUAAACCAAAUCUUAGUCCUACACUGGUGCUAAACAAUGGCUACUUGAAACUGUUACAGUGGGAUUAUCAUAAAGUAAUUCCAGAGACUCUAAUAACAGAUGAAGUUCGUCUUCAGGAGCUGAGAGAAAAACUAAAUCAAUUAAAAAUCAUAGCCUGUGUGUGUCUCAUUACAAACAAURCAGUGGGUGCAGCAAUUGUGAAUGUGCCAGAUUUUGCUGACCAGCUGAAAAAGAUCUCUUUUCCUCUUCUUGAAGGCAUGAACAAGAAAACUUUUGAUUUGAAGGAGGCUUUGAAUGCCAUCGGCAUUCAGAUUUGCAGCAAAGUGAACAAGUCUCUCUCUGAAGGAGGCUUCCCCAUUCUUGAUAAAGAAAUGCAGGAUAAUUUAGUGGGUCAAAUUGGUCGUAUUGUUGAGAAGAACAAUCCUGUCAGUUCAUUGAUUGAUAAGCGGAUCCAGUUGUUCAUGCGAAGCUUGCUCGCCCUUCCGAGCGUUAGGAAGUGCAUGCCUGCUAUGCCAGGAGGCCUUUCCGUGAUCCAGCCCGAGAUGGAGCUCCUUGGAGCUCAGUAUGCAAACAUUGUGAACUUCAACAAGCAAGUGUAUGGACCCUUCUAUGCAAGCAUACUCAGGAAACUCCUCUUUUCUGACACGCCAAAAGGGAAAGCGGAAACAGAAGCAGCYGCCAAUUGAAAAUUGGGACCUACUCUUGUGCCCUGCUCUUCUCCCUUCGGCCUUUACAAUAGGGACACUGUGAUCACGUAGGGAUUGCUACAAGUAACYCACUCCAGUGACUACUAACAAGGGAGACAGAGCUUGCAAAAUAUGCAGAUAGCUUGUGAAAUCCAUAGGAAAAAAAAAUCAAGUAUAUAUAUUUUAAUAGAUUAAAUCUGUUUAUUGGUUUGUAUUGCUUUUAAUAGCCAGUAAAAUAUUGACUUUUAGGGCAAGCAUUUAUAAUGACUUGCAGUGGGGAAGAGCUGGCCAAGUACUUAAUGGUGGCAAAAUGUAGAGCAUAUUCAGUUUUUUAAAAACUUAAAUAUAUUUACUGAUGCAAUUAUAAUGUGACAAGACUUUCUCUAAAAUUUAUUAUGCUUAUAUAUUUUUAUGGUAACACUUAACCUUUUUAAAAAGGACUGAAAGAAAAGAGUAGUAUAAUGGCUUUUGAAGCCAAGAACAGGUACAUAUUUGGCCAUGUUCUAGUACUUCUGCAAUUACUGGAACUAGAACUUAGCCCAUCUUUAACUAAAGAGUGCCAGUAUUAUAAGCUGUCUUGAAUAGCAGUUACAGAAGAGUUCACUGUUUAAAGCAGGAGCAAUUCACAGCUUGUCAAUUGUACUUGAGGGUUUCAUGAUAAACUCUUGAGUGGGGAAAAAAAAGAUCAUGGAAAAAUGUCUGUAUAUAGUGUCUUUAGGCAUUUUGUUUAUGCAAUGGAGAUCAAACACAUCCCAGUCCAAUCUGUUCUAAUAUGUUAUAUGCAGAUCCUUGAUCUUAACUGGCUAUUAAGUAUUUCUAAGUURGGACUUUGAGUCCAUAGCUCUCACAGGCAAUUAAUGUUGAGAAUAAUCUAAGUUCAGCAGAGCAAUUUCCCUUUCUGUAGUCUGCUGGAUGCAAGCUUUUCAAGGGAUAUUCUGGGUGCUCUUGGUUGCAAAAGCAAAAACCCAAAUUAUUAAUAGUUCUGGAAAAUCAAAGCACUGUUCAAAUCAUUAAAAAUCAAGUGAUAAGUGAUUAGAUUGACUUUCACUGUCUCUCUGUAGGAAGUACUUCAGCUUUCCCCGAAUUCCUGUGGAAUAGGCCCCAAUACUUAGUUUCUAUUUAAGACAACAGGAACUUUGCAUAUGGAAUAACAUGUUUGAAACUCGAAGUAUGCAAACUUUCAGAUUUUUACUUCCUUGUUAUUUUUUGCGUAUUUCAGAUACUGAAAUAGAUAGUACUGGAAUACUCUAGUGUAUAUGUGUCUACAAAAAUUGAAUCUUAAUUUACUUGAAAAUAAUCUCUUAAUAUAUUAUCAUGCAAUGGUCCUCUUUAAAUGUCAGGUAUAUGAAGUCCAUGUGGUACAAGUUAAAUUGUUUUUAAUAUUUUAUAUUGCAGUCUAUUUUUACUAAGAAAUAAUUACCCAUGAAAGUGUAAUGUGCCACACAAAUUUUGUAUAUAUGCAUUUACAAUGUCUAUUCUAUAAAGGUCGAAAAAUCUGGGCAUUAUUAGCACUGUGGUUUUGUAGUCCCUUUUUAGAGAUUUAUGUACUCUUUUCUUUUUAAAUAAGGGAAAUGACAUCUACUCAGUUGUUGCCCAGAAUGUCCAAGGCCUUUGGUCACAUGUAUAUGUUAUAAAAAAGAAAAAAAAAAAGCUUUCUUGAAAAUAUGUUGCUACCAAAAAGAAAAAGCUCCCUUGCACUUGUGUUCUUUCUCUUGUGAGAAAUAAAUAAUGGUGAGUACAUAUUCCAAAGGGAACUGUCUGUCUUUAUGCCUGAAAAAAAACUGAGAGGCAAAGAAGCUCCUGGAAUAUACUAAUUGUGCCACUAAGUAAAACCAGUUUGUUCAGAUGAAUAUGAAUU